AGUUUGGAACGUGUAGACUCUUACUGCCAUGGCUUUGCUGUCAAUAAUGGUCAUUUGGAUAGAUACUGAAGCAAACCUGGUGACCCAUUGUAAGAAACCCGCGGAACAUGACAAACCAGCUAAACACAUCUGAGCACCGUAUCGUAUCACUCUGAAAUGACUGCCAUACGUGGAGUAACUGGUUUAAUAAAGAAAAAUGAUAACAGCCCUGGUGAUCUGACACAUAACUACCACAAAAACCAAUGUCUAGCAGCUUGGCAACAGAGGCCGGUGUCAAAAUCAACAACCAACAAUGACACUUGGCAGCUCCAUGUGUGAUACUUGUAGCAGAAGGACUCGCCUUCACAACCAUCAGCAGUGAAGAUCCCACAACUAACUGGAAAGUCUUGGUCUGUCAAUCAUCUCAUACAUGGAAGGAUGCCAACAGACACGACACCUUGCAAAAUCACAAUAUUGUUUCAAUGUCUUCAAAUGCGGUGUACACAGUAAACAGGAUAAACAUUGUUGGGUCAGAUUAGUCUGUCUAAUCAAUUGCAGUACAACAAGAACCGGAGUCCCUUUUCUUUAUCAAUCCACUUCUGAAGCCAUCAUUUCAUUCGAUUCCCUUUGCAGGCACUUGCAUGUGGAAAUCGGGAGUUCCAGCCCAUAAAGUCUCAAUAUCUCACCGACAAACAGAAUGGACUGGUCCUGCAACUAACAACUGAAACAAUAAUAAAACAAAAACAGGAGUUUCAAAGAGUUGCUGCUGCCAGCCAACAAAGUGUGCCAGUUAGAAAUGAGGAAGUGCCACUCUUCCGUGUACAGAUUAGAUACAAGGCAAAUCUCUUCGGACUGUUCUGUCCGUAUACAGAGUUCUUCUGGCUAGUGAAAGGAGGCAUUCCCGGUGUUCGCACAGGGUUGAUUUUCUGCUUGAGGAAGCAUUAAUGUACAAACAAAGAGAAUGGGGAUGUGUCGAAAGUUGCUCUCCUUUGUCGAGAUCCUUGUAGGUUUGCAGCAGAUCGCCGGUGCCUUCUAUGACACUGCUCUGUUGAUGCUGGUCCAGGAACGUUCCGGUUCCAACUCCACAACAACUGGAAGCCGAGACCAGCAGCAAGCCGCAAUCUCUCAGUUCUACAUGAUCUACAUUCCCCUGCUGAAAAUUUCCUCUCUCCCCGUCACCUACUUCCUGGCUUGUCAAGGAGACAAGAAAGGCAGGAAGAUCACCAUUUGGGUGCCCCUGGUAGGAUACCUAGUGUCCAGGUCUCUGCUGCUCUUUGUGAUCCUCUUUGACCUCCCCUUGCAGGUGAUGUUUGCUACUGCUCUCCUGAAUGGUCUGAGCGGGGAUUCAGCUGCUUUCCGGGCUGGGGUCAUGGCAAUAGCCUCUGACACCUCCUCACGGGUGAAGCGAUCAGUUAGCCUUAGUAGAAUUGAGCUGGCCUACGGAGUGGCAGGAAUGAUUGGCAGUAUCGCUUCCGGCCACCUCUUCGUUUAUUUCAAAAUCUCACACGACCAAGGUGCUGGGCUGAUGGCCUUCAGCUGUCUUUUUUAUGCUCUAAGCUUAGUUUAUAGCAUCUUUAGGUUAAAACCCACACAGACUGAAAAUGGUGGCUAUGGCAGCCUUCUAUAUCAAGGAGAGCGUGAAAAUGAUGAUCAACUUCCUGAUCCAGAGGAGAUAGCUUGGAAUCGAUGUCAAGAUGAAACAUCAAUGCUGUUGCCUAAACAGAAUAACGCGAGGAUUCAGGGUAUUCUUGGCGGUAAUAUGUCCGUGGAUAAAAUCACACUCGCACUGCUGUUCAUAACUGGAGUUUUGUAUGGUUUGGGAUUACGUGGGCCAGUAGAUAUGCUGCCCAUAUUUGUACUGAAGGACCCUCUGAAUUGGAAUGCUGUCUGGGUCGGUUACGGCAAUGCAGUGGGGUAUUUUAUCUUCCUCACCAGCUUCUUCGGAGUCUGCACGCUUUCCAAAUAUUUGAGGGAUACUUCUUUGAUUGUGAUGGGAAUGGUGUCAUUUUCCAUCGGGAUGCUGAUCAUGGCCUUCACAAAGUGGACCUUCCUUUAUUUUAUUGGUGAGUUAUUUCAUUGGCUGAGUACCUGA